CAAACAUCAUGCAGUCCACCUGGGCAUCCAUCCAACUUUCCUCGAGAAACUGCAACACAGUACUUCCACAAAUCGUACCUUUGACUCUUCACGCGCACAGCCGAGCUGCAGACUUGGCGUGGGUUCCUCGGACGCACCAUAUCAGGCGUGUAACCUCCUCGUUGUCGUCUCGUCAUUAUUUCGCAGAGCUGUUUCUCAUUCAUACAUGUACAGCUGGACAGGUCAUUCAAUCAGGCAUCACCGCCGGAUCGAGGCCGGGUGGUCGGUCCCGAUUGCCCGAUCGAUGCUGUACAGCAGCUUCCAGAGUUCGAUGCAGUAUCUCAUUCGGCUGCGUCUGGGGCAUUCUGACCGCUGCGGGAAGUGGAGAUGGGGGUGUGAACUCGCUUGCAUGGAUUAUGUGUGUUCUCGUGAUGUAUAUUCCCAUCGACUCCGUCGUCAGAACACGAGGGCAUAGAUCGAGACCUGGGCGAGGAGGGAAGUGGAACGGAUACCGGCAUUGCUACUUUGGAAGCAGAAAGGUGGCGCAAUACAGGCAUAAACCUGAAUCGGAAUGGUCUUCAGCAUCAUCGUCACUGUCUCCUCUUGCAAGCUAAUGUUGUGCAAGUAUGUACACUCCUGGACAGCAUUGACCCGUGAUCAAUCAUUUUUGGUCGGUCUCAUCAUUACAAAAUAUGCUGGCUGAAUGCGCCGCGCUGCCGCCCCAAAAAAAACACCAAUACAUGCCCUGUCGUGAAUAUGCGUCAAAUUCGUCCGUCGUAGCCGUCAAAUGGCUGCUCCUCAAUGUCGAGGUUCGCGGUAGUGAGGUCCUUCACAAGUUGGAUGG